CGUUCGCCUUUGUCGUGUGUGCGUCACUUUGGCAAACGGACAAGCAGCGAGCCCCAAAAAAAGCAGACGUAACGGUCGUUUAGCAGCAAAACAGCAAAUAGAAAAGCAGAGAGAAAAAAAGAAAGAAAGAAGAAAACUACACACACACACGCGUUUAUAGAAUAGAAAACGGUAACGCGAAUGAGCAGCAAAAAUAUAAUAAGCAAGAAAGUGUUGGCACUCUCAAAGUGUUACUACUUCUCUCAGUGCGUGCGUGCGUGUGUGUGCCGAAUCUGUGUCCGUGUGUGUGCUAGCUGUGUGCGUCAGUUUAUGUGUGUGUGUGUGUGUGUGCGUGAAAAAUAAUCAGUAAAAUGUUUAUGCAAAUGCUGCGAGAAUUAUGCGCCAAUUGCGUAAAUGCAUACAAAUUGCAAAUCUAAUUAUAUAAUAAUUAUAAUUAAACGAAGCGUAAAAGCACCAACAACAAUUUUGGCAAGUGUCUGUCUCUCUCUGUGUGCGUGUUUGUGUGUGCUUGUGUGUUUGUGUGUGCUGCCCAAAAGUAGGCAACACAAAAGCAGCGUAUUUGAAUAGUAUUAGUGUGAGUGCACGUUCGCGUUUGUUUGUGUGAGUGUGUGUGGCGUGUUUUAUUUAUUGGUCAGUUGCAUUGUGUGGGUGCAACGGCAACAUUCACCCGGAAGUGAUUUGUAUAAAGCAAAAGUCGCUGAAAUUUCACACCGCACACACAUUCGACCAGCCAGCUCCCGCUCCCGCUCCCGCUCUCGCUCCCGCGCUCCCUCUUCAGCUCCAGCAGGCAAAGAGGGCGAGCGGAAAUUGUUGCCACUUGGCCGCAACAUUGUUGCUGUUAAGGACACACGUUUAUUGGCGAACUUAAUGAAUGUUGCAGGCAUUUGCAUGUGCAACAAAUUGCGGCAACGCUGCAGCCUCAACAAUUGCAAUAAAACUUUGAACAAAAGUAAUUAAAAGCGUAGCGAAGUUCAUUUUUCGGAGCGCUAUGCGACAACUCAAUUGCUGAAACAACAGAAGCGGAAGCGGCAGAGUGACAGACAGACAGACAGAGAGCAGAGAGAAGAGCAGGAGACGAGAAGAAGGCAAAGGAGCUGCAGGACCUGCUUGUGUGAAUGGCCAGACGACAGCUGACGCUGCCUGCGAGAAACAGCUAACAGCUGACAGUGCUUAAAGGAGCACCCGAGGACACAAGCCAGCAGCCAGCAGCCACGGCCAUAAAAUGCAAAAGGAGAACAAUGUGACGGCAGAGAACUGCCAAUUCGUUGGCCCCUAUCGCCUCGAAAAAACCCUCGGCAAGGGUCAAACGGGACUUGUCAAGCUGGGCGUGCACUGUGUGAUUGGCAAGAAGGUGGCUAUUAAAAUAAUCAAUCGCGAGAAACUCAGCGAAUCGGUGCUAAUGAAGGUUGAACGUGAAAUUGCCAUCAUGAAACUAAUCGAUCAUCCGCACGUGCUCGGUCUGAGCGAUGUGUAUGAGAAUAAGAAAUAUUUGUAUCUAAUAUUGGAGCACGUAUCUGGCGGAGAACUCUUCGAUUAUCUGGUUAAAAAGGGACGCCUCACGCCCAAGGAGGCGCGCAAAUUCUUCAGGCAAAUCAUCUCAGCGUUGGAUUUCUGUCAUUCACACUCCAUAUGUCAUCGUGACUUGAAGCCCGAGAACUUGCUGCUGGACGAGAAGAAUAAUAUCAAGAUAGCGGACUUUGGCAUGGCCUCAUUGCAGCCAGCGGGCAGCAUGUUGGAGACAUCAUGCGGUUCACCACAUUACGCCUGCCCAGAGGUCAUUCGGGGUGAGAAAUACGAUGGACGGAAGGCGGAUGUGUGGUCAUGUGGUGUCAUACUGUAUGCACUGCUGGUGGGUGCGUUGCCCUUCGACGACGACAACUUGCGACAGCUGUUGGAGAAAGUCAAGCGCGGCGUCUUUCACAUACCGCAUUUUGUGCCGCCCGAUUGCCAGAGUCUGUUGCGUGGCAUGAUUGAAGUGAAUCCGGACAGACGUCUAACGUUGGCCGAAAUAAAUCGCCAUCCCUGGGUCACGGCUGGAGGCAAAGGUGAAUUGGAGCUGGAGCUGCCCAUGAUGGAGGUGGUGCAAACACAUGUCAUACCCACAGCAAACGCUGUCGAUCCCGAUGUGCUCAAUGCCAUUUGCUCGUUGGGCUGCUUCAAGGAGAAGGACAAGCUCAUCCAGGAGUUGCUGAGUGCCAGUCACAACACCGAAAAGGUCAUUUACUUUCUGCUGCUAGAGCGCAAGCGACGUCGGCCAGCACUUGAGGAUGAUGAGGAGAUUGCACAGAAGUCACGCAGCGAACUGGACGCUGUGGAUCCGCCGCGAAAGCGUCUUGACAAGUGCCGCAUCAAUGGCACCAAUGCGCCCAGUUAUGGCCAGAUCUCCGAGGGUUCACCGCUCACGCCGCGACGACAGGCUUUCAACUUCCGCUCGUACAGCAGCACACGUAACCACCAGCGACGUUCGCCCACAACGGUGUCGUCCUCGGUGCGCAGCUCCUCAUAUCACAGCCCGACGCGCUGCAACUCACCGAUGAGCUCGGCACAGCAGCAGGCAAACGCCAUAUCGCGACCAUCGUCGCCAGCGGCGGGCACUCGUCACUCCACCUAUGGGGAUCGUGAGCGUUCGGGUUCGGUGCAUCAUCCGUCGGUCAGUCGAACGCCAUCGCACAGUUCACAGAAGAGCAUCGAAGGCGACGUUGUGGUCGUCAGAGAGCCACGUUUGGAGCGUCGCGACUCAUCGCGCCAGACGCAGGAUCGAAGUGGUGGCGGCUCCAUGCGCGAUCGGGAUCGGGAUCGUGAUCGUGACCGUAGCGAUCGCAGUGAUCGUGGCGAUUGUGUGGGUCCACCGCCUGGCAGUCCUGGUGGCAAUUCGGGCAGCAAUUCAUCGGCUGCGUCGCCAUCGGUGCAUCAUCGCGCCAACUCAGGUCCGACAAUUGCCAUUAGUAUGUUCCACGAUCCAGACUCGAAUAGUGUUGUGAAUCCUAAUGGCUCGCCAAUGAUGAAUAAUAGCAAUCCUGGCAUGCCCGGCUCACCUUGCAACACGCCUGGCGGGCAGCUCUGGAAGACGCGACUCACGAACAUCAAGAAUAGCUUUUUGGGCAGCCCACGUUUCCAUCGCAGAAAAAUGCAAGUCUCCGCCGAUGAGGUGCAUUUAACGCCGGAAUCGUCGCCAGAGUUGACCAAACGUUCCUGGUUUGGCAACUUGAUAACCACAGAAAAAGACGAAACCUUUACCAUAUUGGUCAAGGGUAAACCCAUUGCCACAGUCAAAGCGCAUUUGAUACACGCAUUUUUAUCCAUGGCUGAACUAUCGCAUAGUGUAGUUUCACCCACCUCGUUCCGUGUGGAAUACAAACGCAAUGGCAAUGGACCAGUGAUGUUUCAGCGGCAUGUCAAAUUUCAGGUUGACAUUAGCGCCAUUUGCAAACAAGGUGAUAUUGCGGAUAUGCUAUUCGCUCUAACGUUUACACUGCUAUCAGGCAACAUACGCCGUUUUCGCCGUAUUUGCGAGCACAUACAGUCGCAGGUGUGUUCGAAGCGUUUUCCGGGUCCCAGCAGUCCACCAACCGUAACCUCAGUUACCCAGGCGGUCUCCGAGAGCUCCUCAUGUGGUUCGGUGUCCAGCGAACGUUUGUCCUAUAAGCGACAGGUGAUUGAAAACGAUUUGGAAAAUGAUUCGAUAUUCUCAUACAAGUCAGGCAAUGGACGUCGGGCAUCGACGACGAACAACAAUAAUGCCAAUCCCGUUGAUAUUCCAGGCAGUCCCAUUGCAGUGCGUUCAAACAGCGAGACAGCUGAACAUGAACGCAACCGUGAAAUGCAGAGUGAGCGACAGGCGACAACGAUGUCCGGUAGUGCAAUCGCAUGAGAAUUAUUUCUCUGAUUUAGUUACAUUUUUCCCAAGGAUAUUUGUUUUCUACUAACAAUACAAAAUGCAACCAAAUAUUUCAACUAAACGAACUCAAAACCAGUAACUGAAGCAGUAUUUUCCCCACUUCAAAACCAAAAAAUAAAUAAAAAAAACAAAAAACCCAAAACAAUAAACGCGAUAAAAAAGCAAUAAUAGUGGAAUUUGCACUAAACAUUAUCAACAGAAUAAAAACAAAAAAAAAACACAGUUCAUAAAAUAACAAACAUAAUCUAAAACGUUUUGAAAUUUCGAAAGCUGAAUACCAAUUGAUGGAUAACUUUUGCUAGCUGCUGCAGCUUUUCACAUAUUUUGUUAUACUUAUCUAAAUCUAUAUUUCGAUAUUGUUUUUGUGAUCAUUUCUUUGAUAUUGAGUGUUCUUUUGUAUGGACAUUGUUGCCGCCGCGCCUAAAAAGCUUACAAUAUACGACUAAAUAACACCGUGUAAAAAUACAAAAAAAAAAAAACGUUUAAAUUAAAUAAAGAUGACAAACAAUGAUAAAAUAAAGGAAUACUUCAAAAUAAAAGUAAAAUUACGAAAUGAAUUCGUUUUUGAAUAUGCUCUAGCUUAAGCCACCAUGUUAUAUUAGAGUUUUUUCAUAAUCUAGUCUAGGCUUGAUAUUAGCUAUGCAAAUUAAAUGCUACUCAAGUAAACGCCAGCAAUUUGUAUAUUGUGUAAAAAAAAAAAUUAUACAAAUAAAAAUGCACUGAACAUUGACUAAAAAUUCAAAAAAUUAAUCCCUAAAAUGCAAUUUGUUGCUAGAAAAAUAAAAUGGGGAAACACACACACAAAAUAAAACUAUUUUGCUAUCCAGAAAGAAUACACGAUAAUACAAACUAUUUUUCCUAAUAAAAAAUGGAGACAGAUACUAAAGGAACAGCGACAUCUUUCAGACUUCUAAGCAUGCAAGCAGGACGAUCAUAACAGUGUUGUGUUGGUACAGUAAGAACUUGGAUUCGAAGUGCACAGUGUAUAAAGUACAGUUAAAACGAAUUAUAAUAACCAAAAGGAAAUUAAAUGAAUAUGUAAUAUGGAAUGUUAGACUAAACAAAAAAAUUGUAUAAAUGAAAUAAUUGAAUUUGAGUGGAAAUUGUUCAAGUUGCUGAGCUGCACGAGAGCAAUGAGAAACCCAAUAAACAUUGACUUGAAAAUUUUCUAUUUACAAAAAAACAAAAAAGCUAUAACAUCUUAUAAAGCACCUGCUUGCGUUAGAUCAAGCCAGCUGUCCACAAAUGCACAAAUCUCGAUAUAUGCAAUACUAAUAGUUGUUGUUAUCGAUAAUAAUAAUAACCAUUAACCGAGUUUUUUGUAUGGUAAUCCAACAACAAAAUCACUUUCCCAUUUUCAAUCUAAUUUUUUAGUAAUUUUGCAUAUUUUUAUAUUUUCUAUCAUACAUUAUAUGAUAUUUUGAAACUAAAAGACUUAUAAGAAAUUAACAUAAAGCAAAUCCAAACAAAAACCGUCCAUUUAUCCAGAUUUAAACUAUAACGUAGGCAGCUCAGCAACUUUAACAAUUUGGGCAAGUUGAUAUGGAGUAGAGGACAAGAGUAAAUACUAAAAAUAUUUAACUAUAUACUGAAUAUAAGUAUGUAUAAAAAGAAUAUACUAAAUAGAGAUGAACAACUGUAAGACAGCAAUAUAAAAAAAUGAAAACCACUUAAAAUCGUGAUUAGUUUAAAUAAUAUAUGCAGAUAUUAAAAAGUUAACGGAAAAAUUAUAUAUACGAGUAUAUGACAAAUACUAAAAUGCAUGAAAAACAGCAUGACAAAAAAAAAUAAAAUAAAUUCAAAUCAAAUUUGUAUAGUUUAAAACUUAAACUGACUUAAAUAAGAACUCAAAUGCGACAACAAAGAACACAUGCAAUAAUGUUGAAAUUGAAUUACUUUUUAACAUAAACUAUAUAAUAAUAAUAACAUAAUGAAUAAUUAAAAAAUUUUGAGUAAAUUAUUUAACAAUCAUUCAAGAACUCAUUCAACCAGACGGAAGACAUACAUUCAAAAUUAAGCUCACCGAAUUGAACAAAUAGCAUUGCAUAUACAUAUAUAUUUCUUAUACACAUAUAUACAUACAUAUACAUCAUAUACAUAUACAUGCAUAUAUCAUAUAUCAUUAUUUAACUAAAUCUUUAUAUACAUACAUACUAUAUUCUGUACUUCUAUGUACAUAUAAUUAUGCAUUUACUUUCAUUAACAAAAAUGCCCAAGUUUCCCGCAUUCAAAACAUAUAUACAUCAAAAAUUCAUGCAUACGUGUACUUCAUACAUAUACUAAAUCCCAUUUACAUCACUUACACUCACACACAUAUAUAAAAUAUAUAUAUUUACAAAAACAAAAAGAAAAACGAAAACCUAAAUUUAACUCAAAUUCGUCGUCGAAGACCGAAAAUUGUUGAUUUUGUAUCAGAAAAGAUAUACGAAAUGUAAAGAAAAAAAAUAAGAUCAUAUUUUUGACAUGACGAACGAAAUGAAUAUUUAUACUAAGUAAAAUACCAAAAAUUGCUCUGCAUACUAACACAACAACACAAGGAAAACAGCAAACAAAAAAACAUAAUAAAUGCUUUAUAAAUAUAAAUGCAAUCUAAUACUCAAUGCUGCAUAUUGCCACGCCUACCCUUUACCUUAUCUGAAGCCUAAACCAAAAACAAAAAAAAAAAAAAAUCUUUUUGCGCUAACUUGAAUAAACAAGGAUGAAGAGGGCAGAAAUGCCGAGAGUACUCGAGAUAGUAGAUACCCUGUUAUGAAAUCAGAAACUUUUAUUAGCUACUACAGGGUAUCGUUGAGAGCUAACUAAUAAAACGAAAUAAUUUUCUUAAAAACCAAAAAAAAAAACAUAAUCAGCCACGAACCUACCUAACUCAUUUUAACAGCUUUUUGUAACUCACACGAUGGGGAGCGAAUUUUGUGUUUGAGUUUCGCUAUAAAGCUGAAAUUUGAUAAUUUGAUAUGCAACGUAUACAUAUUUCGAUAUAUAGUAUAUAUAAAGAUAUAUUAUACAAAUCUGAGCAAGCGCUUACUUCAAUCGCGAAUGUUUAAAUUUAUAUUACAAAUAAAUAAAUUUAAUAUUUAUUAAAGAAACAAAGAAAAAC